AUGGAGUCGCAAUCGCAGACGCAGAUCCAAACUCAAACGCAACCGAGCAAGACUAGCUCCAGAAAACGACAGGGGAAGAAAGACAAGUUAUCUCUGGAGGACUACCUCGAUUUCCGCCGCUCCCUUCAAACGGUUGAUCUCAAUAUAAACCUUCUCAACCAGAUCAUCUAUAUCCAUGGCUUCAAGAAACUGUACGGACAGACCAAGAAAGUGUUGGUGGAUGCCGUGAAUACGCUUGAUCUAAUGGAUUUGCCGAGAUCCACACUCAACCAGAGUGUGUCUGCCUCCGCGACUCUCCCAUUGGAGGACGUAAUCGCUGAUCUCAACGAACUAGGCUGGCAAGAGUGCUGUGUUACCUCUGUUUACACCCUCAGUUCUUGCCCAGAGAACUCCCUCCCUCUUGAGCAGAAACCGCAAGUCACCAAACACUUGCAGAGCAGUUCUCGAACCAAGACUUCGGAAAAGUCAAUGGACGCUAAUAAAAUCAGUGGCGUCCUCCCUAAAGCUUCCCAAAAUGGCCGGCGAGCCCCGAAAAUGGCGAACAAGCGCAAGAGGAUCAAUGGCUGUGAUGCUCUUGACUGUGCUUCGACCAUGGAUUCGGCCGUCUCGCUCGCCUCUAAUUGAAUGUGAUGGUUCGUUCCCCCCCCCCCCCUGCAUGUACUUCAAUUUCUACUCAUAAUGCUGUUGCUAGAUGUUUCCAUUGUUAAUUUGUACCUUUUUGACUUUUUCCUUAUUAUUUUUGCUUGGAAAAAAGUUGGAUUACACAGUAGCUGGAGAAUGCAUCCACAACUUUA